AUGGCGCACUAUCACCACCAACAUCUCCAUGAGAGAGCCGACGACGUCUGGCAGAACGUGGAAAAUGCGCUGAACGACCUCAACCCUUUCGACAGCAGGGACGAGGACGAUGAGGAGGAACCGACCCGUCGCAGUGGAGGCACGACGAUCAUCCGAACCGUCAUCCAAACGCUGCCCGCCGAUUUCGGGGGCUCCGUCGCCAGCUAUAGGACCAUCAGGGAGGACGAUGACCGCACAACGAGAGCCACCCCGACGACCAUCCAGGGCGCCGGCUCCCCCCUCCGCCCGGAACCCAAGUCAUCAGCUUCCUCGCCGUCCAGGGACGCGACAACAACACGCGAGUCCGCCAAGAAGACCACCACGGCCAUCCCUACCGUCAUCAGCGAACCCACAAAGACGAACGGCAUUCCCACCACACUGGCCGUGGCUUCGGAUGCGCCUGAAGCUCCCACCCAGCCGAGCAGGGCCAUCAACGCCGGCCAAAUCACGUCCGCCUCGACGCCUUCUACCAGUGCGCAAGCCCAGGCGACGGCCAGUCCCGAGCCCAGCGGCGCCGCCAAAGCUGGCAUCGCCAUCGGCGUCCUUGCCGGUGUUUUCCUGCUCGGUCUCGCCGUCUUCUUCCUCUUCAACCGCCGCAAGAGACAGGUGGAACGCGAGAGGCUCAACGAUGACGACGAGAAGCUUCACAACCCCUUCGCUGCGCCUACAACGGCCAUUGCCGUCGUCGCCGCCGGCGAACGCUCCAACCCACGGGCCCCGCGUAUCAGUCUCCGUCCCGUCACCCAGUUUCUGCCAAAUCUCAACUUUGACAAGCGCGCCAGCAAGGGCGCCAACAUUGCCAUGGCCUCCACUGCUGGUGGUCUGACGCCCAGCCAUUCGGCUCAUUCUGGCUUCAAUGCCUGGGAUCGACCUGCGACCAGCGAGAGCGCCAACCCCAGCAACCCCUUCGGCAACCAGGCCGAGCGCGUGCCCACCCCCAUCGCCGAAGAGCCUCUGACACCAGCCGCCGAUAAGCCACUUCCACCUGGCCCUGGAGCUGUACCUCCCGGUGAUGCUUGGUCGGCCCACGCGCCUGCGGCUGCAGCUGCUGGCGCCGCAGUUGCUGCGGGAGCCGUCGGGGCGGGCCUCGCACGCAAGGCCUCUACGCGGAAGGGCACCCCUAAGGAUCUCGAUCUCACUCUACCCGCGCCUCUGUCUGUCGUUCCCCCCAGCCCUGCCGGCACUGAAUUCAGCAUGAACUCCGAAAGCCCUGAUCAGCCAAACCCCUCGGCUCCACUGGUGCUGCUGCUAUUGCCGCUGCUGGUGGACCUACCAACUCGACUGUUCCACCGCGUGCAGCUGGAUUUCAAGCCCACCCUGAAGACGAAAUGGGCUGAGGCCGGCGAGUUGUUCGCCUGCUUCACGAAUAUGAUGACGCUGGCGCUUCUGCAUUCGACUUGA